AUGGCUAAUGACGAUAGCGACGUCAGUGCCAUCACCCUUAGCGAUGACGAUGAACCGAAGCAGAAGGUCUCCGCGCCUUCAAAACCGUCUCCAAAAGCAGCUGGUGAAGCCGUCGGUAGCAGCCGGGCCGCUGUGAGGGGAGGCUCUGGAGCCAGCAAACCCAGUCGAAAAGGACCGCGCCAAAAGGACCGCGUCGCCUUCCAGCUUGAAAACGAUGACGAUAACGACGAUGACUAUGACGGUAACGGCCUGGCCGCGGACGGUCCUCCCCGCAGCGCCGGGAACGACGAUGGUCCCGAGGAUGACGGACCCGUCGAGGACGAGUCAAAGCCGCUGGGCUGGUCUUACUUCCGCAAGCAGGAUACCAGCGAGGGCCCAGCCACAUGGGCCGAUGUGGACGCGGAGGAGCUGCGUUUCGUGGCGGAGAACUUGGUCCGCAGCACCACGAAACGCGCCAGCCAAGCGGACGACGUCAUCCAAAAGAUCUUCCAGGCAGUUCCUGGAGAUGACGAAGAUUCGCUGGUGCCGGAUCCCCUGGGACGGGGGGUCAUCGACCCGUGGACAUUGACGCUGGCCUUGGGCCGUGCUGGCGUCUCUCCAGUGCUAGGUUUUGCUUUUGUGUUCUACCUGGGGUUCGCUGACUCACUCACGCCGAGGCUGCCGCUGGCAGACGCUUCAGUCGCUGCCACCAGGGUUAUCAUUGCCGCAUGCGGGGGUGAGGGAGGCGGCGGCGGUGGCGGCGGCGGCGGUGGCGGCGGCCAGCAGGCGGCUCCGGGAGGAGGGGCGGCAGGGGUCCUGGAUGUGGGGGCUCGUAAGGUCCUUCCCAACCAGGAGGGCUUUGACCCGGAGGCUUACCUGGCUACAUUCCACUCGGAGAGCAGCAUGACCCAAUUGGAGAAGGGCCUGCGGGCCCUUAGUCGGGAGCUGUCUGAGCGGACAGGCCAGCUGAAGCUCCUCAUUCGCAAUAACUUCGACCGGUUCAUCAACUGCAAAGAUGCCAUAGACGACAUCCAUGCCAAGAUGCGCAAGACGCUCGUCCGAGGUGGCGCUGCGGGCGGUGCGGGCGGUGCGGCCGCGGCAUCGCCGUUGGCGGCAGGGCCAGGCGCGGCACAGCCCUCUACACUUCACCACCAACAACAGCAGCACCAACAACAACAGCAGCAGCAGCAACAGACCAUUGCCACUGACAAGGUCUUUCGUUCCCUGGAACAGGUGGAGGUUCAGGCACGCCGUACCUUUGCGCCCAUCCUGGAGCGCGCAGCCAAGGCAGACCGCAUCCGGGCGGUGGUCAGUCUGUUGCGGCGCUUCGACCACCUUUUCGCGGCGCCGCAGCGGGUCAUGGAGCUGGCUGGCCGUGGCGAGCUCGAGCAGGUGGUUCGGGAGUACAGGCGCGCCACCAUGCUCAUCAGGCCGACACCCACCACGGCACGAGUGUGGGUCAGCUUGUACGCGGAGAUUGAAAAGGACCGUCCGGAGUUGGGCACACCUGGCGUAGUGUACAUGGGGGGCAUUGCCGGAGUCAAUGCAUGGCAUGACGAGGGUAGUACGAACCGCGUCACGGAGGUCUACUUGGCCGUCAAGCAGCUCGUCACCGAGCCACCGCCCGAGGACCGACCCAUGGGUCAGGACGGGCCGUUGCCAACAUCCGCUGCGCUGCUGCUUAGCGGCAACAACAACACCCCCCCAAUCAGCUCACUGGUGUCAUCCGCCGCCACCAUCGGCGGGGUUGCGGUCGGUGCGUUCGGGGAGGACGCGGCGCGGCAGCGCCUGUCCCUGCUGCCCGACUACUUGCUGUUCCUCGCGCUUAUACGGCAGGAGCGGUUGCCCGCUGCCCGCGGGGAGGACCCCGUGCAGCUGUACGUCAAGCGGCUAGAAACACACGUGGUGGCGAGAAUCCAGGCUUGCGACAAGCAGCACACAGAGCAGCUGGGACAGCUGGUUACUGCAUGGAUGCGGGCCACCACCAUGUCCACCACCAUGUCCACCGCCGCCGGGGGAGGGGGGGGCAGCGGUGGCAGCAGCGCCGCCGCGGCAGCGGCGGCGGCGCUUCGCGCCGCUUCCAGCGGCGUCGCGUCCCUCCAGGCGUCCCUCACCGCGAUCCCUCGGCUGGAUCAGCCAGGGACUCAGAGCUCAGGCCGCCGAGGCGACGUCGCGGCGGCUACCGGCCCCCAAGCCGGAUCUACGGAUGCGGAUGCGACAGCGGCCGCGAAUGGCGCUCAGGACGGCCGCGGCAACAGUGCUGGCGGUGAUAGGGGUCGACCGCCAAGAAGUCCGUUGGGUAAGCGAGGCGGCGGCAAAGGAGGCGACGAAGGUGGCGACGAUGAUGAUGGCGAUGGCGACGACGGCGACGGAGGCGACGGAGGCGACGUGGACCCAGGGGGGGUGUCCUCAGACGAUCGAGACGACGAUCUGGAUGAUGAAGGCGAGGCGGCGGAGGCGGCCUUUUUGCAGUGGCAGCAAGGGGGCUUACUAGUGUCCGUGCCGUCGUCCGCAUUCCUCAGCAGCAGCAACACCGCCAACCUGCCGUACCACAUUCGUACGGAACUCCAACGGCUCGUACAGGAGCCAGGGGGGCCGACCGGCGCCGCUGGCGGAUUCGCCACGAGUCCGUGUAGUUAUCCUCUUUGUUAUGGCGGCAGCGGCACUGCCGCCGUUGCCACGGAGCCCCUGCCGUCGUCGGCGUUUACGCCGGAGCCGCACCUGACGUCAGCGCAGCGGCAGUGGGUGUCGUACGUGUGUUCGAGUUCGGCGCUGCUGACGUGGAGCGUGCCGGGGCUGUGGGCCACGUGCAACAGUCCCAAGUACGGCAACAACGCCGAUCUGAACGAUGAAGCCAGGGGGGUCUUGGAGCGGGGGCCGUCAGUGGCUCGUCGACUAGUAGAGAACUUGUGCUCCAAGUACGCGGUACGACUCAGACGGGCUGCUCAGUCUUUGGCGCGGGCGGGGCCCAUGCAGCCGGGCUUGCCGCUCAUCAUCAAGGAUGCCAGCCACUUAUGGACGUCGUUGCGCCGUGUGGGCAUUGGCGCCCGCGCGCUGUCCCCCCUGCGCGGUGCCGUAAUGGCAGCCCUGCGGGCGCAUGUACGGGUGCUAGACGAGCACCUGGGGGGUCUGCCGCAGCUGCUAUUCGGAGCAGACGACUUUCGGCUUGAGGAGUUGGGCGUGACGUUGUUGCACUACCAAUGGCCGCUGGCAGCGGUUGUGGAGGCGGCUGGGGGGGCGGGGGAGGUGCCGGGGGACUCCAGCUGGCGGCCCAUGCAGGGCUCGGUCUUUGCGUGCUUCUCCAUGCUGACCGAGGCGCUUGCCGAGUACGCCAGGGGCCUUUACAACAGCGGCAGCAGCGGCAGCAAUACCGGUCAGCGUGACGGCGGGGAGGGGGGGGACAUGAAGAGCAAGAGCGCCGCGCGUAGCAGCCUCCGGAGCAGGGCCAGCGGCAGUGUGAACUUGGAACUUGCUACCACCGGCAGCGUCGCUUCCUCGGGAAGUCCCCAAGGACCGCCACCCCCCCCUGGAGCGCCCCUGGAACCGGGAUCUCGAGCAGCCGCUGCGGCCGCCAAGCUGGACAACUCGGUGACGGCUGCUGCUACCGGCAGCUUAUUAGGCGGCGGCGGCGAGGACGGGGGACUGACCCGUGGGUCGCAGCGGUCCGCCGCUGUCGGCGCUGGAGGCAGCGAUGAUGUACGAGUGUUGUUGGUGAUUGGCAACUCGGCAGUCAUCCGUACGCGCGUCAUGCCGGGGGUGGUGGAGCGGUAUCGCAAGCUGCUCGCACCCACCUCCGAAGCUGCAGCAAUCUGCCAGCGGCGCCUCCGUGAGCUCACCUCCUCCAUGCGCCGUUCCAACGAGGCUCUGGGCUCCAGCUACCUAGGCCGCAAGGAGGCAGCCGUGGAGGCAGCAGUGCACGGCUACAUCGCCGCGGCCACUGCACCGCUGCUGCCGCCGGCUUCUGGCCCCGCCGCCGCCACCGCAGCUGCUGCUGCUGCUGCCAGUUCCGCCCCCGACAACACCACUGCCUCCAAGAGCGUGCGCAGGCGACCGAAGGGCGAGGCGGUGGUGUCGGCAGCGGCGGCGGGGUUGCUGCUGCGGGGUCCGUCCGGUCCCAGCACGGGUUGUUGCUCGUUGUUGCAGCUGCUUAUUGCGAUACACAACGAGGCGCUGGCUUACUCGCCCAGCAACCUACGCUCCUUCAUGGAAGCCCUAGCGGAGCGCCUGGUGGGCGAGCUGGCGGCCGCAUGCAGGAGACUCUCCGCCGCGGUGGCGGCAGCGAACAGCGGCGGAGGUGGAGGCGGAGGUGGUGGUGGUGGUGGUGGUGCUAGCGGCGGCAUCAGGUCCGAGACUGCGACCAGCGUGGAGCAGCUGGUGCAGCUGUGGGCUGACCUGGGGUUCCUCGUGGCUGUGCUGCGGCCGCUGCUGACGGAAACCCUGGCAGCGGAUCUACAGGAAGCCAAGGUUGAUGUGGGUACGGCAAUAACCGUGCGGCAGCGUGCGCGCCAUUACCGGCCCGCAUCGGAGACCGCCGCCGCCUUGGCGGGUCUGCGUGACGGCGACGCCGUCAACGCAGCGCUGGAGGAGCUGCUGGCGGGUGACGUGGCGGCGUGGCUGCGACUCCAUGCGCUUAACGUCCGGUGCUUCGCUGCGGCUGCGGCGGUGGCAGUGCCGCCGCCGCCGCCGCCGGUGGCGCCGGCGCAAGCUGCGUCCACGGUCGCGACCGCUGGUGUGUCCCGGUUGGGCGUUAGCAGCGAGCCGUCAUCUUCAUCGCCCUCCUACUACUCCUCUUCCCGGAAAGCACGGGACGUGCGCUAGCGUGGCGUGGCGAGCGUGAUGCGCCUGGGGAACAGUUCUGGGCCCCCGGGGGGGGGGUGCAGUCGCCGCCACCGCCGCCGUCGCCGCACGAGUAGCAGCUGUAGCAGCCAUACCACAUGAUGCCCUGACUUGUCAUUAACACUGACGGUAGAGACUUGACUUGGCUUUGCCUUCCCUUUGCUCCAUGUUAUGUCAUGUUAUGUCAUGUUGUUGUUGCCUCCUGUUAUGUGCGCGUGUGUUUGCAUGUUCGCAUGUUUUAUUUUCUUUGAGAGAGAGUCCCCGCAAAUCAACAUUGCGAGUGCUACGACGCAAGAGAGAGAGAGGAUUGUGCCGAACCCCUUAAAAUGCGAUUUUGCACAUGUCGUCGUGCAGCACGGCCAAAAUGGUUUUUCCUCUCGCACGAGCCGAGGGGGACGACGUGUAACCAACUUCCUGUG